CAGAUGGAGAGGGCUUACCAGAAGCAGCCCACCAUCUUCCAGAACAAAAAGCGGGUGCUUCUGAGGGACACUGGCAAAGAGAAGCUCCCUCGCUAUUACAAGAACAUUGGCCUGGGCUUCAAGAUCCCCAAGGACGCCAUCGAAGGCACCUACAUUGACAAAAAAUGCCCUUUCACAGGCAACAUCUCGAUCCGAGGCCGCAUCCUGUCAGGAGUGGUCACCAAGAUGAAGAUGCAGCACACCAUCAUCAUCCACAGGAACUAUUUGCACUAUAUCCGCAAGUACAACCACUUUGAGAAGCGCCACAAGAAUAUGUUGGUGCACCUGUCCCCUUGUUUCAGGGAUGUCCAGAUCAGGGACAUUGUGAAGGUGGGUGAGUGCCGCCCGCUCAGCAAUACGGUCCACUUCAAUGUUCUGAAGGUGACCAAAGCUGCCAGCACCAAGAAGCAGUUCCAGAAGUUCUGAAGAAGGAAGGCAGCAGCUUCCCUCCA